AUGGUCAACUACCCGAAGAAAAAGAAGAUGCACUGCCCUGAUGAGCGGUGCAACGCUCACAAGAGCUUCAAGGUUGUGCAGUACAAGGCUGGCAAGGCGCGCCUGUACGCCCGAGGUAAGCGUCGCUACGACCGCAAGCAGUCUGGUUAUGGUGGUCAGACAAAGCCCAUCUUUCACAAAAAGGCGAAGACGACCAAGAAGAUUGUUCUGAAGCUUCAGUGUUCUAACUGCAAAUCGAUUAUCCAGAACGUGCUGAAGCGCACGAAGCACUUCGAGCUGAACGACAAAAAGAAGACUGGCAACAAGGACCCCACUUGGUAG